CCCGGUGGAAUCGGACAAGUAUAUGGCUAAGAAUCUGAUCAUCCUGGAGGAUGGACCAGCCAAUCUCAAAAUGUGGAGAUGGGUCAUUGGAAACUGAACACACAUCUCUAGGAUUUGGUGACAGAAGUGGACCCUUGGAUAAUUGUCAUGAUGUCUACGUGACAGCAGAGGAACAAUACUCAGAACUUAGACAGGUUCUCAUUUUGGAAACUGCUCCCAAUAAUGGUGAAGAGGGAUCUCUUCAUCAGCCUAAUGGAGGUGGGCUACAGAAUGACCUGGAGCUAGAAAUUCUCAUGAACCCUCAUAAAAUAAAUACAGGAAAUGGAACAAUUGGUGAUUUUCACAUCUUCCCUGCUGCCUUCCACCAAAAUGCUGACACUUGUGAAGCCAUAAUUGAGGACAAACACCAAUUGUUACAAGUUGGAGGAGGUCCACUUAUUGGUGACACCAUCCAGACCACCCAAGCAGACUUUUGGGAUGCUGAACGCGAGCAGGAAGGUUGUAAGCCCGGAGAUCGUCAUGUUGAUCUGCUAGGUCUCUGCGACUUGUCAAGAACAUUUCCUGGCUCUUCUGGGCCUCAUGUUGAAAGCAAGGAAGGAGCUGAGGAACCUCCAGAGUCCUUACAACCUCUACUAGAAGAAGAGCCCAUGGAGUGCCCGAUAUGCACCGAAUUCUAUGACUCCAGUGUCCAUAAACAGUCUUUACUCAACUGCAAUCACAUCUUCUGUGACACCUGCAUCAAAACCAUACUGGACAAAGCCAAUAAAGCCAAUCUGGGCCGGGUGGCGUGCCCCAUUUGCCGGCAAACGACACCCAUGCCAGACUGGGAGAUCCGCAAGAUGCAGGAACAGAUGAUGGACAGCGGAGGCGUCUACGUUCACCAGCAGGACUACAUCCCACCCCAGCCAGUCGUCAGAAGACCCGGCCUGUGUGGCGCUCUGGAGUACAGGUUCCAGAAACGCAUCCAGUCUGGGCGUCUGUUCAUCUUCCCGCCCUGCAUACGUUUCUCGCAGGGAUUGGUGGACAGACUGCAGAGGCUAGAGCGUCGUUGCCGCUGCCUGUACCUCUGCGCUUUGGUAUUCUUCCUCUUCGCCGAAUUCUUCUGCUUCACUUUCCUCUUCCUGCCUAUCCUGAUUUUUAUCUUAAUGAUUGUACUUGGCAAGUAAGACAGUGACCACAGAAGAGCCACUAGACCCGGACUAUAAACGGUGUCACAUAAAAGAGCCACUAAUUACUUUAACAAAGAUUUCAUCGCUUAUUAGAACCCUCUAGAUUUUAGAACAUGUGGUUUACUAUGUACAUCGUUUGUAAAUCAAAUCGCUCAUAACAAGAACAAACGACUUAAAGGGGGUUUGCACCUUCAGGUACUUUCAGCCAUGUCUUUAUAUCACUGAGAAGAAAAGUGUAUUUUUGUUAUCCUUCAGUAUUUUCCCAACCAUCCCGAUUUCAGCAGUACCAAUAUGAGGCCUCUCUUCCGCCAUCCUGGUUGCUACUGUAUUGUUCCGAUCUGCGCUGCAGUGGAGAGGUAUGACCCAUUCACCGUUGGACUGACCAGCGGUGAAUGGGUGCGACACACAACCUACCACUGAUGUGAGCAAAAGUGACUGGUUACUUGGUGGUGACCAGAGGGGAAUAAUGGGUAGUGCCAUGACCCUGGGGGGAGUGGCUACACCCCUUCAUGACCUGACCACAUACACUCCAUAAUGCGCAAUUGUCUUGUAUCCAGGGCAACCAAAACGAAUAGCUCUGGUUAUAUAAGUAUAUUAGUGAUGAAACUGGAAAAAAAAAUUGUGUUUUUAAUUAACGUUUUGGGCGGCUACUGUAUGUGCAAACUAAUAAAUUAAAGUUGUCUGAAGGUGGACGCUUCCUUUAACUCUUGACAUAUAUUUAUUGAAGAUUACUUUUUGGAUUUUCCUUUUUUUCUUUUUUUUUAAUAGUUUACAUAUAAUAUAAAAUCUAUGAGCACUGAGAUUUUUUGACACUGUAUUUACAGUUGUUAUAUUUCAGAGUAAUGACGGAACUAGGGACUGUCCCCAUUGCAGGGAGUGAGGUGGCUAUUGGACGCAGAGCUGGAGGGAACAGUGAUUCUAGUUCAUCAACCCGCCCUCUCCUGAGCCUGCUUUGGGGCUGACGCAUGUGUACUGGAGUUGACGCAUUUGCAAUGAAGCCUUUUUGGGCUUCCAGUAGAGCAGGUGCCUCGAGGACCAACCCAAGUGCACACUGUUGCUUCCAGUUGUCACUUAUUUUCUGCAAAGAAGUUAUAAUAUAGACUGCCUGCAGUGACACUGGGGGGAGGUAUCAAGCCUUGGAGAGAGCUAAAGUGGAGUAAUUGCCCAAAGCAAGCAAUCAGCUUGCAACUGUCCUUUCAUAGACAAAUGACAGGAGCUGAAUGGGUUACUUUGGGCAAUUAUCCCACUUUAUCUGUGUCCAACACUUGAUACAUCCGUCCCUGAAUGAAGUCUGCUAUGCUUGGGAAUCUAUUUCCCUUUAAGAUCGCAGCCUCGUCUCUAAUAUUUUCAGUUCUGGGAAUGUUCCGUAGCUCUUUUAUAUAACUUGUAUAUUUGGUUUGCCGGUCCUGUAUUUUGCCUGCCUGUACU